CCCAAAAGUAACUCGGGUCCUUCUACUUGCUGCAACAACACGACCGUGAAAGCUAUUCGGCGAUUCAGCGUGUCAACCCUCAUUGAUUGCAAUUUAUAACUUAUAAACUAUUACGACUCGUUUAAUUCACGCUCAGAAAAUAUAAGUUAUAUUAUUUUUCUUUUUUUCGUUGGCACGUGCGAAAUGAGCCUGGAGGUAUGUCCAUUCUGUGGCAAGUCCUACAAGAGGUUAAAGAGCCACCUACCUUACUGCAAGGCAGCCAAGCCUCAUCCCCUCCACCAUGAGCGUCUUGAGUCCCCGCCGUCCGGACGACUAGAAGCUGACUCGUCUAAAAUGAAGGGAAAGAAGAAGAAGACGACGCCGCUCAGUGAGAAGGCAUCACCAGAGGUACCUGGGAAAAACGGACAAACAUCCACACUGUCGAAGCCAAAGAAAAAGAGCAUUCACACCUCAAUCGAGGUGGCAAAGUCCAGCCAAAUUUCUCCAGGAUCGGAUUCAGCUCCACAAAGUCUGGAAACUGUCCCUCUAAUAGCCACAGGCAAAAAGUCCAAAUCCAAAACCUACUUGCCUGAAGAGUCCCCAAAACCCCAAAGUGCCUCUAAAAAGAAACAAAUCAAAUCCGCACAAAAGGAAAUAAUGGACAAAACAAAGGACAUGCCCAGGAUUACACUCCAGCACGUUGGCAGCACAUUGGGUCGGGCCAAGACCAGCAGACCCGUCUUCCACAUUGAAACCACUCAAAUGAACACUAAAUCCAGUCCAGAUUUAUGUCCGACAAGUACAAGUACCGUACAACCAAAACAGUCUCUACAUUUGCAAAAGGAUGAUUUGUAUGGAUCCAAAGCAACCCCUAUUCAGCCUCCGCUUCUACCCAACCUCCGAACAUCCAAAGUUGUUUUUCAACAGACAGAACUCACUUCAAUGUUAACAGGUUGCCUUUCCAACCUUCAGUCCAAACCCGAAGAUGCAUUAGUGACAAUAGAAAGGAGGAAAGACAACUCCUCAGGACGCAGCCUGGGUCAGGUGACGUUGAGGGAGCUUCCUGAGUGGAUGGCCUGCAGGAUGCCGCGCCGCCCGGGACACGCGGUGGAAAUGAUGCAGAGAGGCUGGCAGUGGUACUACAGAAAGUAUAUUGACGUGAGGAAAGGCGGCGUGGGCGGCCUUGGCAUGCUGCUGGCCGGAUAUUGUGUGCUCAGCUAUGUCUGGUCUUACCCUCAUCUUAAGCAUGAGCGCUGGAGGAAGUACCACUAAGACCAGAAGUAUAUGCGAAAACCAAAAAAGUGCAUAAUAGAAAUAAACAAACGACGAAUAAUCUACUGAAAAAA